AUGACCUUUCACCUUUCACCUCUGUCUUGUUGGUGGUUGGUGAUGGACGGGAGACACAGGCCGAGGCUGAUCGGAGCAGGCCGUAAACAGGAGCCCAGACACGGGGAAGCCCAGCGGAGGACAUCGGCAACCUCCAGAGACGGGAUGGUUCUCCUCAUAGGUACAAUGGACGCUGGAGAUUCACCACCACAAAUGAACCCAAGUUUGGAUGUAACAUUAUAAGGAGCCCGGUGCUGCUUUGUUCGGGCACAAUGCUGCAGAAGGGUGCCCUCACCAUCAUUGAAUGGGAGGACUUGGACAAGAGGAAAUUCUAUUCCCUGGGCGUGUUCAUGACUUUAACCACGCGGGCAACAGUUUAUCCUUUCAGCCUGAUCCGAACUCGCUUACAAGUCCAGAAAGGAAAAUCCCUCUACUCCGGAACGUUCGACGCCUUUUGUAAAAUACUGAAAAGCGAAGGCAUUUGUGGACUGUACCGCGGUUUCAUGGUCAACACAUUCACUCUCGUAUCAGGACAAGCGUAUAUCACUACAUACGAACUUGUGAGAAAAUACGUCUCCAACUACUCCCAAGACAACACUGUUAAGUCCAUUAUAGCCGGAGGAGCUGCUUCUUUAGUGGCUCAGACCAUAACUAUACCCAUAGACAUUGUGUCCCAGCACCUGAUGAUGCAAGGCCAGGGGGAGCACUUGAGUCGUUUUAAGGUUAAACCCAAAAUGAUGCUAGCAGCGACAAAGAGGGGGCUGACUUUCGGGCAGACUCGGGACAUCACGGUGCAGAUAUUCGCAGAGGAUGGAUUCAGAGGAUUUUAUAGGGGUUAUGUGGCGUCUCUCCUCACGUACAUCCCCAACAGUGCUCUUUGGUGGCCUUUUUAUCAUUUUUAUGCAGAGCAGCUGUCCAACCUAGCGCCCUCUAGCUGUCCUCAUCUGCUCCUGCAGGCGAUCGCGGGACCAAUGGCUGCGGCUACUGCCUCCACCAUCACCAACCCCAUGGACGUGGUUCGAGCUAGAGUUCAGGUAUAUUCAUAA